AUGCUUCGUACCGAUUCUCUAUUGUAUGAAACAGAACAAGAAGAUGAUGAUCUUUCACUUGUAUUAUACCAAAAAGAUGAGUUUGAUGAAUGGUCUAGUUUAGCAAAUCAUCACUAUGGUCCUCGACAGGAUUCAAACCAAAUGUUUGAAAAGUUAAAGCAUAAUUCAUUCUAUCACAUCUUAUUGAAACGCAGCAAGCUUCCUAUUAAAGUAUCCAACAUUUCAUCCAACACCAUGUAUAAGCGAAUUCGAGAUCAUUUCUGUGAUAUCAAUGUCUUGUUUAUUCGUUAUAUUCGACCUCUGAAAUGUGCCUAUGUUGUCUAUAAAAGCUAUCAAGAAGCAUUGAAGGGCUAUUAUAAGCAUCAUUUGUCAAUUAUAGAUGAUCAUACGGUGGUUUGUCACAUUUGUACAGUUGAGGAAAUGGAGAAUGACUGCAACGCAUUUAACAAGCCAAAAACAACACAAAAGGUCAGAAAGAAACGAACGGACUUGGUCAUGUUCAUGUCGCCUCAAUCUCCUGUCCAUUUCAUUAUACUUAAGCCAUUGGAACUAGAAACAGUCAAAGAAUCUCAACUCUAUGAAUAUUGGCCAGUAUCUCAAAAGAAACAGAGAUUCUUAAACCAACUCUAUGAAUCAUCCUAUCACGUUUAUUUCUUGUUUAGUGUGAUUGGAAGUAAAUCAUUUCAAGGCUAUGGUACUAUGUCGAGUCCAGUCAUAGAUAUGCAUACGCUUGCUCCUCAUGAAAUGUACGGUGUAGUGAUCAAUCCACAAUGGCGCUUCGUAUGCAAAAUCAAUUGGGAAUCUACUCAACAUACCCCUAUCAAGCAAAUUGGUGGAUGCCUCAAUCCUUAUGAACAGCACCAACCCAUUCGAUAUUCAAGGGAUUUUACUUUGGUUGAACCCACGCUUGGGAUGACAUUGAUUGGUUUGAUGAAAUAA